AUGGGUAAGAAGAAAAACAAAAAAGUGAUAAGGCCAUGGUGCUGGUAUUGUGAACGAGAUUUCGAGGAUGAAAAAGUUUUAAUCCAACAUCAAAAAGCUAAGCAUUUUAAGUGCCCACACUGUAAUAAAAAACUUAACACGGCUGGUGGAAUGGUGGUUCAUGUUGCUCAAGUACAUAAAGAAACUAUUGACACAGUUCCCAAUGCAAUUAAGGGUCGAGAAUCGGUAGAUGUGGAAAUCUUCGGCAUGGAAGGGAUUCCACAACAGGAUAUGAUGGCACACGUGCAAGCACUCGAAAGUGGACAACCUUCCAAAAAAAUUAAGCUCGACGAACCAUCACCGGUCGAACUUACAAGUGAAGAGAUUAAAAAACAAUUGGCUCAACAUCAGGCGAUGAUGCAAGGUAAUUCGCAAGGCAGUCAGGCCUACACUUUUACUCCCGGUUUUCCUGCACAACAAUCCAUGCCUUCGUUGAUGCCCCACCAGUACAGUCAGUUUUAUCAAAGACCGGCUCCAUCAUUUCCACAGUCUGGUCCUUUCCGAUCAACCGUAUUACCAGGACAAGCACUGCCGACUGUUCCAGGACAACCGUGGCGUCCCGCGGGCCCUGUUGGCGCUCCUCCGCUGUACGGAAGUGUGCCCUACGGCUCUCAGGUCCCUUCCUCCAAUAAUUUGCAGUCGUCGGUAUUUCCUAAUCGACCAAUAAAUACCAUGUUACCUGCAAACACAAUUUAUCCCCAAGUUUCAUCUCCAGCCUAUGCCCCCUAUAGCAACGGACCCUCGGCAAGUUCCGUUUCCACAUCGACCGCCACGUCAUCUGUGGUCGAAGGCGGUAUACAGUUUGACGACUCGAAUAAUCAAUCUUCCACUCAAAAUGCGCAGAAAUCGACUUCAAAAGUGGUCCUGAUUUACAGUGAUAAUGAGAUCUCAAUGGAAGAAAAAAGAGCGGAGCUCGAAAAAUAUCGAUAUAAUGAAGAACAAUUUAAAUAG